AGUCGAGCGAGCGGCGUGGAGCGGCGAGCGCGUGCUGUGCGGCGGACCAAGGAGCUUGUCGGAGGGGUUCCCUGGAGACCGCGGGAGCGAGACAAAGGCCUCUGUCCACGGGAAUGUAGUCUGCCGUCGCCGGGAGCACACGCCAGCGCCGAACCUGCAGGGAGAGACGACCGAUGACAAGCAGCUUGCCGUAGAGCGGAAGCCAUUUUUAUUUGACCGCGAGAAAAAAUAUUCACAAACAUAAUCGAUGGGUUGAGAAAAACCGAAGUGAAGUCCAAGUCCUGAAAACUGGCAAAACUGUCAAGCAUACUGGAAGAAGAGGAAAUCUAAGUUUUGGAACACUGGAAAACUGCAAAUCAGCCACGCUGAGGACCCGCGAGCGGCCGGCAGGAGGACGCCAUGUUGAAGGUGGUGGGCGCGUCCUGGGCCCAGACCAAGUUCAGCUCGCUGAUCCUGGCCGUGGUGGCGGCGCUGGGCGUGGUGGUCAUCAUCCUGGGCGAGGUGGGCAGGGUUGAAGAGGACGGCAACUACUCGGCCACGGUGUACUGGAGCGAAGGGUCUGGGUUCCGCAUAGAGUACUGGGGCGAGGGCAACCAACUGCAGGAGAUACCGCACGGCGCGGCGCGAGCCGUCUACAGCCCGAGGAUGGACACCACCGGGUGGGCGCGGCUCGAGGUGGAGACGCACCCCGACUACCCGGACUGGGUGCAGGCGUACGCGGCGGGGCUGCUGGAGGGCAGCCUGUCGUGGCAGCUCGUGCACUGGCACCGGCACAACACCGUGCGCGACACGUGCGAGCGGCGCGAGCAGCUGUGCGACGAGGUGCGGCGCUUCGUGGUGCACAACCGCGAGUGGGCGCGCGCCAAGGCCAAGCGCAACAUGCACAAGGACCCCUUCUGGCACCAGGUGGAGCUGUUCUACACCCAGCUGGACGGGCUGGAGGUCGGCUGGAGGGAAGGCGUCGAGAGGAGUCGCCAGUCCAUCGAGCUGCCUCACGAUGACUUCCUGUGGAUGAAUGCCAUGUCUGACGUGCUGGACCUGGAACGGAAGCUGGGUGGCUCCGAGAAGACGUCGGAGCCCGACAGGUCCGUGCCGGCCGCCUUCUCGUCCGCCCUCGUGAAGCUGCUGCCCGCGACCAACCAGCUGUUUGUGGCCCACAACACCGGGGCAAGGUACCAGUCCAUGCUGCGGAUGAUGAAGCGUUACCACCUGGGCUACCACCUGCUGCCCGGGAGCAGCUUCGAGACGGUGCCCGGCCGGGAGGUGGUGUUCUCUUCCUACCCGGGGGUCAUCUCGUCCCAGGACGACUUCUACGUGGUGUCGGGCGGCUCGGCCGAGGAGGGGGGCGCGCACCAGAUGGUUGUGGCAGGCACUGCGUUCGACAACUUCAACAGCGCCCUGUGGAGCGGGGUCAACACCGACAAGGUGCUGGUGUCGGCACGGGCGAUGGUGGCGAACCGGCUGGCGAUGGACGGGCGGACCUGGGCCAAGCUGCUGGAGCGGCACAGCAGCGGGACCGGCAACAAGCAGUGGGUGGUCGCGGACUACGGCCGCCUCGCCAGGGUGCGCCCCGAGCAGCUGGCCUCCACCACCGAUGCCGCGUCCACACGCAUCGUCCGCGUGGAGGCUCGCGAGGGCGGGGACGCCUCCACGUCUGCGUCGGCCGUCCGCCUGUGGGAGGUCACGGCGAGGAGCGCGGCGUCGCACGACACGCACUUGGUCCUCGAAGCAUCGCGGCUGUUCCAGCAAGGUGGCAGGACCAGGCAGUCCGAGGAAGGCGUGGGCCAGCCGCCGGAGGGUGCGGGCCCGAGCGACGCGGAGUGGCCCGACCGGCCGGUCGCGAGGAGUCGCAGAGAGCUCGACCGCCUCAAGGACGUGCUGUGGGUGGUGGAGCAGCUGCCGGGCGUGACGCGCUACGCAGACAAGAGCAGCGCGCUCCAGCGGGCCGGCUACUGGGCGUCCUUCGGGCUGCCGUACUUCAAGGAAGUAGUGGAUGCAAGCGGAACCACCAAGAUGCAAGAGCGCCACGGAGAAGCCUUCUCCCUUCAGGACUCCUCGAAGGCCACGAUAUUCCGCCGGAACCAGAGGAACGCCACAGACCUGGCCUCGAUGGUGGCGCUCAUGCGCAGCGCCGGGUCCCUCCCCGACGCCUUGUCCCUGGCGAGCCCCCUCCGCGCCGUGGCGGGCCGCGGAGACCUCGCCCUGGGGUCCCCGGUCGGCACCAUCGACACCAAGGUCUUCUCCGGGUCGCCGGGCGGCCCUUCCUGCAUCCACGCUGUCGCGGGUCCGCCCUACAACGUCGACAUGAAGUCAAACGACGUCACGCACCACAUCAAGCCUUUCCAGUGGUCCAGAAGCAGUUUUUCCGAAACCACACCUCACGUAGGCCAACCCGACACCUGGCGCUUCCCCGUCUUCACCCCGCAGUGGGCGUGGAGUCAACAAAAAAGCACCAAAGUCUCUUAGGCAUCAUUUAUAAAUUAGUACCAAUGUUAUAAGUAGGAGAAUCUAUUUUUCACAACCAUCUGUGUUUUAAAAUGUGUUGAUCAACUGUGUUGUGUGAUUUGUUGAGUUAAAGUAUGCAUCUACUGUCGGUAAUUUUGUGCGGAAACAAACGUGUCCUGAACGGCCCUGCAAAAUAAGGCAAUGUCUUCUCUUGCAGAUGGCCUCUAGUUACAAGGAAGAAACAGCUGGUGCUGUUUUACCUUAUUGCAAUUUAACGUGCAGUUAGACAGAUUUGUUUUUGCAGAAAAUACCUGCCAUACGUAACUAGGGACAGGAUUUUUUUAUGGUGCUUUACUAAUUUGUAAUAUAACAUUAAUGACAUUUAAAAAUAGGUUUAUACACUGCAUUACACCAAAAUGAAAGAUAAUACUUAAUAAACUAUUAUAAUAUCAAAGCUUAACAUUUUAAAAUAGAUAAACCUAAGGGAGAGAGAGUGAAACCAAAAGUUAAGAAAAGCUUUAUGGAAUACCUGAAGUUAACAAUAAUUUACUAGAACAAAUAGAUGUCUCUGAUGCAUCAUUAUAGUUUUAAGCUUUCGUUAAUUUAAAAGUACGACUACUACUAUAAAAAUUAAAAAUAUCGUCAAAAGUCA